AUGAGGCCAGGUUGGAUAUUCGUGGCGUUAGGAGCUUUGUUCUGCGCGGCAGAUGCUAGGAGAGCGCUCUCUGCUACUUCGUUGGUGACCUGCCAGGACAACUCUUUGAUUGAUCCUUCUUAUUUUAACGUGACUUUCUCUCCAGAUACCGGUGCUUUGACCUACGAUAUUUCCAUGACUUCAGAGAUCAGCGAUAAUGUUAUUGCAAACGUUAGGGUUUACGCUUAUGGAUUUGCUGUCAUUGAAAGAGAGAUCGACAUGUGUACCAUUGGCUGGAAACAAUUCUGCCCUUUGUAUCCAGGAACUUUGGAAAUUGACUCUGUUGAAUAUAUCGAUAGAGACUUUGCUGACAUGGUUCCAAGUAUAGCCUAUGUCGUCCCUGAUAUUGACGCAGUGGUUCGUGUCGUCUUACAUAAUGCAAAUGGCACCCAGUUGGGUUGUUUGCAGGCCUCCUUCUCCAACGGUAGAACGGUGUCUCAUAUAGCCGCCCAAUGGGCUACUGCUGUUAUUGCUGGUAUUGGUUUGCUCGCAGGUGCUUUACUUUCUGCCUUUGGAAAUUCUAUUUCUGCGUCCCACAUUUCUGCAAACUCCAUAUCACUCUUCCUUUAUUUCCAAUCUGUAGUAGUUGUUUGCAUGCAGGCCGUGGAAGAGGUUCCCCCCAUCGCUGGUGCUUGGUCAGAAAACCUGGCUUGGUCUAUGGGACUUAUCAGAGUUGAAUUCAUGCAGAAGAUUUUCCGUUGGUUUGUCCAAGCAACUGGUGGUACUCCUACCUUAUAUUUGACAUCCACCACUAUUUCUAUUUUGGUUCAACGGUCAAUCGAUUUCAUUGCGGACUACGUUCCUUUUGCUAACAGUUUUGUUACAACUCCAGCUGACACUUUGGAAGAACUAGUUGCUGGCAGAUAUCAAACUAGAGACUUUGACCUGUAUGCGUUGAGAUCAACUGCUCACUUAAGAAUCUUGAGAGGUAUUGAGCGUGUGGGUCUCAAAGCUGGAAUUGAACCAACUAGUAUUGUUUGCACUGGAUUCACGUUUUUCUUCCUGUGUGGUUAUGUUCUAGCUAUAAUCAUUGUUCUUUUCAGAAGUUCGGUGGCCUUGGGAAAGAGAAUGGGCUGGAUUAAGAACUCGAAAUUAUUAGCUUUCAAGUUUUCUUGGAGACAAAUUUUGAAAGGUGCUCUGCUAAGAUACAUUUAUAUUGGAUUUACCCAGUUGACCAUUCUAUCUUUCUGGGAGUUUACCAGAAAUGAUUCUCCGGCAGUAGUAGUGCUGGCAGUGCUGUUUUUAUUGCUUGCUCUUAUCAUCAUGGGUUGGGCCAGUUAUAGAACAAUGUAUUUUGGUUCCAAAUCCAUCAGAGAGCACAAUAACCCCGCAGCGUUAUUAUAUGGUAAUCCACAGGUUCUAAGAAAGUAUGGUUUCUUCUACAGCUUAUUCAAAGCUCAAAAAUACUGGUUUGGUAUUGUUGUUCUUAUCCAUACUUUCAUUCGAUGUAUUUUUAUUGGUCUGGGUCAAGGUUCUGGUGUGGCCCAGGCGCUGGCAUUUUUCAUCAUUGAUUUGUUCUACACAGCUUUCGUGAUUCACCAGAUGCCAUACCUUGAUAAACUUACCAACAUUGCUAACAUCAUGAUUUGCGUGGUAAUGACCAUUAAUUCUUUCUUAUUCUUAUUUUUUUCUCAACUUUUUAACCAGAAUGUGUCAGUGGCCCCAAUCAUGGGUUGGGUGUUCUUUAUUCUAAAUGCUGCUUUCACCGUGAUUUUGUUGAUUUUGAUCAUUGUUUACACUUGUAUGGCUAUCUUCACAAACAACCCAGAUGCCCGCUUUGCUCCCGCUAAGGACGACAGAACGUCAUUCCAAAGGCACGGCGCUGAUGAUAAGAAUGACGACUACCCUCCAGAUGGAACUGCCGAGCUAGCGGCUUUGGGACAGGUUGCUCAAAACCACCAAGAAAACUGGGCUAGUGAAAUGUACAAAUUGAAGGACAUGGUUGAUUCAUCUCCAUCUCAAUCGGAACUUACCGAGAAGGACGAAUUACUGGCUGAGCCUGAAGAAAAGCCUUCUCUUGGUGCUAUGUUUACUAGAAAGCUUACUCGAGGCAAGUCAUUCAAGAAUGCUUUCAAGAGAGGAGGUAACACAGGCGAUGUGACUAAAGGUGAUGAUAGCACAACAGAAGUUAAGCGUGUUUCGGACACUUUAUUAAACUUUGGAGAUGACGGUCAUAAACGGACUGAUUCCACCACACCAAUAGUCAACAGCCAAGCAGCGCGUGUGGGCAAUGAUUCAUCUUUUCCUGACUUGAUUCCCCAACCUGUUAUGACGAGUGAUUUCACUAGUGAUAACGUCGGAGAUCCAAGGGGAUUUGUAUUUCAAAACUCGCCCAGCUUGUCGGGCAACUCAAUAAGAAAUCCUAGUGGAGGAGAUAAAGAGGAUAAAGACAGUUUAUAUAAGUACAUUUGA